CUUUAUCCGCCACCCAAACCCGGCGAACCGCCCGCCCCGCCGCGCCAGCCAAUCCCCACCUCAAAUAACCCCCGUCGACCGCGGCCGCGGCCCCACCCGCCCGCCGAGGGGAAAUAAUAACAAACAAAGCGCGCACAUCCACACGCCACUGCCGCACGAAUCGAGCCGCCGAAAAGGCGCAGGCGAAGCCAGCGGGGAGAGAAAACGGGCGGGAUCCCCACCGCCUCGCGCGCAGCGGCGGCGGCGGCGGCAAUGGAGGUCACCUCCUCCCCCUCGCCUUCCGCGCCGCCGCCGGCCUCCUCGAAGCCGGCGCUCCAGCUCAACCCCGCGGCCGUCCUCCUCCGCCGCCUGCCGACCCCGACCCCAACAGCGGCGACGCCCGUCACCGCGACGGCGCCCCCCGCGCGGCCCGCCACCGCGUCCAACCCGCUCGCGGCCUUGCUCGUCCCCUUCUGGCGCGGGCUGCGGCGAGCGCCGAAACAGCCGGUCCACCCCGCCUCCGCCGCCGCGGCGCGGAGGGCGGCGGAGCAGCAGGAGGCGGAGGCCGAGGCGGAGGCGCGGCAGCUGGUGGGGUGCGCGGUGCCGCUGUUCCGGCCGUACGUGGCACAGCUGCCGUGGCACGGCGGCGCGCGGGCGUGGCUGUCGAAGCUGUUCCCGCGCUACGGCCACUACUGCGGGCCCAACUGGUCCAGCGGCAAGGAGGCCGGCUCCGUGCUCUGGGACCGCCGCCCCGUCGACCACCUCGACUUCUGCUGCUACUGCCACGACAUGGCCUACGACACCCACGACCAGGCCCAGCUCCUCCGCGCCGACCUCGCCUUCCUCCGCUGCCUCGAGGGCAGUCGGCACACGCCCGCGCGCGACGGCAUCGCCGCCGCAGCCAUCUACCGCGCCAUGUGCAUCUUCGGACUGAAGACGAUCCUGAUCCCGUACCGGACGAACCUCGUGCGGCUGCAGACGGGGCCCAACUACGCGGAUUUCUUCGCCGAUUUCGUGAAGAGGGUCGCGUCGUCGUCGGGCAGGCCGACCGGCGGCGAGAAGCAGAGGCUGUGAACGAAUUUGCUCGCCUCGUCCUACAUGUAAAGGUGGUAGAUCGAGCCGAAUUGGUUGGGGCCUUGGGGGGAUGAGAUCGUAGUGAUUGUCUAUAUAGGUAGCUUGAGUUUUUUUUUAAUCCAGAUAUGGCCAGGGAAAUUGAGUCUUCCUGUGUGUGUGUGUCUAAUUGGGUAAUUGUAGCAACUGAUUCGAAAUUUAAACUUUGGGGUUUCUACUGUGAAUAUAGCAAAUGUCUAAUUGGGUAA